AAUAGUAGAGAAGAACCCAAAAACUUACUACUACAAAGUCACAAAGAAGCCUUAGAAGUCUAUGUCAUAGAUCUGGCCAAAGAACUACUAGAGUUGAAAAGUGAAAAAGAAAAAGUGAUAACUACUAGAGAAGAACAAGAAAGACUAUAUAAUGAAGAAUUUCAGGCUAAAAAUGAAAGAAGAAAUAAAGAUUUAGCUGAAGUAACAGAUGAAGAUGAGAUAGAUUGGUCCUUGAGCAGCACCAAUCCUAAUGACAUGGAUGAAGGAAUUCUAUCAGAUAAUGAAAAUUCUUACAAAUUUAAAACUUGA